AACCCAACAGCUGACGCGAAACAUGGCGGCGGUAAACACAGACUCCAGAGCCACCGGAGAGCAAAUUAAAGCCAUUUUACGCCGCUGCAGGGGCCGACCGAGGCUGACAGACGCUGACCGGGCUCAGCGGAGGCUUGAAUCGCGGAAAAAGUACGACGUUCGGCGGGUUUAUCUGGGAGAAGCGCAUCAGGUUUGGAGCGAGCUGCGCCGGCGCACGAGCCUCAGCGACGCGGGACUCGCAGAGUAUUUAAUCCUGCUCAAUUCUGCAUACGGAGAGAAAUACCAGCAGAAUACGAAUAACCGUGCAACGUUGGCUGAACAUUUAAGCAAACUUAAACCAAGAGGGAAGAAAGUGUCUGCCACCAGUUUAGAGAACGUGGUGAGCUGGUAUCAGAGUCACUGUCAGUCGUGUCCUCACGAGCCGGAGCUGCGGGCAGUAGAGCCCACCGUGGGUUUGUCCACGUCUGCUUUAUGGCAGUGUGCGGCCGGUCACUCCUUUGUGCAGUACCUGCCCUGGCCUGCAGGGGGAGAGUCUGAGUCAGACAUGGAGGACAGUGCUGUGGAGAAAGAAGAGGAGGAGAGCGUUACAGAGAGGAAGAAGAAGACCACCGUUAUCAGUGAGAGAAACAACAACAAGAGGAAGAGGAGGAUACAAAAUCACCGAGACCUCCAGGAUGCAGGCAAUGAACUGGAAGAAGAAGAUGAUGACCCAGCAUCCCACAUGGAGCAUCAGAUGUCCUGCACGUCCCUCAAUGAUCUCCCAGGAUCCCCUGCGGCCCACAGUCCUCCUGCUUCUGGAACGUCUCCUGUGUGGGAGAUGGAGGCGCUCAUGAACCCAGAAUCCCAGGCUGAGUCCAGUGAGAGAACCUCAGGAGGGAACGAUCCUGUAAAGCAGCAGAUGGACGGGUCGAGGGCUUUAGAGAAGACUGAAGGUGGAGGAGCAGGGCUGACGCAGAGUUACGAAUGUGUGGUGGUUGCUGCGCCCUUGACGAACCGACAGGAGAAGGAUGAUAGAGAGCGUUCAUCCAGAGAGGCCGUCCCGUCGCUAGAGGCCGCCCCAGCACAGAAUGAGCUGUUUGAGGGUCAGGAUCUGCAGACGGUCAUGGGUGGAUGUGAGCUGCAGGACCAGCGCUCCACACUGGAGGGAUCUCAGCUGAUCAUAAUUACAGGCCCCAGUUACGAGGCUCUGACGUCUGAAGGCAUUCAGCUGAAUGUGGGCGCCGCUGACGUCGAGGAGGUCACAUGUACUCUGAUCGGGGACAUGUCCUAUAAUCAGAUGUGCCCGUCUGGAGCCGCGUCACGUCCCAACGCCAGCACAGAUCUGGCUGACAAGCAUUUGUUGGAGCCCAGUGAAGAAACGCACUGUCCAAAGGAGCUCCAGCGAUCCCUCAGUAGGUCUAAAAGGAGCCGGCGGGGUCCAGUGAUCGAGGCGGACGGCAUGUUGAAGAUGUUUCACUGCCCAUAUGAAGGCUGCAGUCAGGUGUAUGUGGCCAUCAGCAGUUUCCAGAAUCACGUGAAUCUGGUGCACAGGAAAGGCCGAACCAAAGUCUGUCCUCAUCCAGGCUGCGGGAAGAAGUUUUAUCUGUCCAACCAUCUUCAUCGACACAUGAUCAUACACUCAGGUGUGCGAGAUUUUAUAUGUGAAACAUGUGGCAAGUCCUUCAAGCGUAAGAAUCAUUUAGAGGUGCACAGACGAACACACACCGGAGAGACGCCGUUACAAUGUGAGAUAUGUGGGUAUCAGUGUCGGCAGCGGGCAUCGCUCAACUGGCACAUGAGGAAACACACGUCUGAAGCGCACUUCAACUACACCUGUGAACACUGUGGCAAGCGCUUUGAAAAACUCGACAGCGUCAAAUUCCACAAGCUCAAGAGCCAUCCGGACAAACAGCCCAGCUGAAUCAAGCUAAAGGAGGAAUACAAGGUUGUGCGUAUGUGAAAUGAACAGUGUUUCAUCUUUUGUGCACUUUUAGGUGUGCUUUUAUGGUAAAUCUUUUUGUAAAAAAUCAGGAUCUGAAACAUUCUUGAUGAAUAAUUGACUAGAGGACGUGCGAAAGAGACAUUGAUUAAAAGAUCAACAGUGUUUUGUCUAAACUAUACUUUUUUUUAAUUCCUGUGCUGGACACAGAAGAGCUGAACUGUAUGAACAAACAUUCAUUUUUCUAUAUGUAAUCCAAUAUCUGAAUCAUUAAAUCCAAAUCAGGGUGAUAUAAUUAACAUAUAACUGUUGUUUGAAGGUCAUACAGCUUCAUAAAAGUCUUAUUUUACAUGUAAACAUGAAAUAGUGUUUUGUAAGCAUGAUGUAUUCCAAUCAAGUCAUGUGUUCAGCUACAAUUAAUUAUUAUACUGAACAAACAAUAAACCAUAACAUGCACUCACCGGCCACUUUAUUAGGUACACCUUACUAGUAGCAGGUUGGACCACCUUUUGUCCUUCAGAACUGCCUUGAUGCUUACUGGCAUAGAUUCAACAAGGUAUUGGAAAUAUUCCUCAGAGAUUUUGGUCCAUAUUGACAUGAUAGCAUCACGCAGUUGUUGCAGAUUUGUCGGCUGCACAUGCACGAUGCGAAUCUCCCGUUCCACCACAUCCCAAAGGUGCUCUAUUGGAUUGAGAUCUGGUGACUGUGGAGGUCGUUUGAGUACAGUGCCACGUUCAGUCACUUAAAUCACCUUUCUUUCCCCUUCUGAUGCUCGGUUUGAACUGCAGCAGAUCGUCUUGACCAUGUCUAUCUGCCUAAAUGCAUUGAUUUGCUGCCAUGUGUUUGGCUGAUUAGAAAUUUGCGUUAACAAGCAGUUGGACAGGUGUACCUAAUAAAGUGGCCGGUGAGUGUACAUUUAUUACAGUAGUUAUUAAUUUUGGUUAAAAGAGAAAUGAAAAUUCAGUCAUUCAUUGUUAGUUCUUGCAUUGACUAAUGUUAACAAGCACAACUUUGGAUUUUAAUAAUGAAUUAGUAAACAAAAAUAUGAUUAAUAGAUUAUGUACAAGUAUUGUUCAUGCUCAGUUUAUGAUAAUAAGUGCAUUAAAUAACAUUAAAUCAUGAAAAAUAAUUGUAAGUUGGUAAAUACAAAACUGUUUUAUGUUUUCUGCAUAACAUAAGUGAGGUAUCAUUUGUUAGUAUCAAAUCAUUAGCUAACAUAAAGAGCAAUGCACAUUAAAUGCAGGAUAUGUAUAUCAUGCUUAUAGACCAUUUUGAGGGAUGGAAACAAUAGCAAUGGUCCCAACAUAUUUUCUGUCUCACAUUUUUAAUUUCUAUAGCUUCUGAGAAUCCAAAAAGAGCCACAUAUUGAUAAAUAAUGUUACGAUAGCUGUUUUUUUUCCCAGGUUCUGCAGGUCGCAAUGUCCCGAAUUUUUACUUGCCAAUCUUAAAUUAAUUGUAGUCGAUUGUUUUGGUUAAAUUUUGAAUUUUCCCAACCAGCGCAGAGCCCUGGGGACCAGAGGGAGUGCUCCGACUUGGCCACCCCUGGUCCAUGUUAGCUGUUUUAACAUUAAGUUAUGAUUGAAUUGCCUCUUGUUAGAGUUAUGAAAUAGUUUGACAACAAGCAGGAAAUGUUUAUGGGCCAAUGACAUAACCGCAUUGAAAUGGUCUAUAAAUUAACUUAUUAAUUACCUUACAAAUAAAUCAGCCCAUUUUACUACCUCAUUCCUUUAGUUUAAACGAAUAGUUCACAAAGUAGAAGCUGUUUGUUUAAAUCAUUGCAAUAUUGUAGUCAAAAGCGAGGGAAAUAAUUGGUUCUACGUGCAUGGCAAUUUACUAAAACGAUGAAGCAAUUAUUACUCGUAUUACUCAUGAUUUAAUAACAGUGAGAGAAUGCAUUGGUUAAUUGUGGCCGCAAUUUACAAAAACAGGAAUACAGAUUUUAAUCAGUGGCUCUGUAUUAACAUGACAGUCCCCAUGGAAUCAAAACUAACCGUAUGAUUUCGUUAGGUCACAUUACUAGUUUUGUGUUAAACAAUUCAUCUGUCAUUUAGAAAAGCAAAAUAAUUUGCUCUUGUAAUCUUUAAUUGAAAUCUGAAAAGGCACUUCCUAUUUGUUUUCAGUUAAAUUCUCAGAGAUUACAUCUGUCUGAGGUAUUGGGAGUGGCUAACAUACUAAACCACGCCCCUUCAACUAUCAGUUUUGACAACAAACAGAAAUGGUGAGGAGGAGGAGGAGGUGUCUGUUAGGUUGUAACACAGUAACUCUCCCCAAACCCUUUCCCUGAUCUUUCUGAAUGAAAUAUGCCAACUUUACUACAUCCAAUCAGCUCGCAGUAGCAAAAACAAGCCACUCCCACUGUAGGAACUGCUUCAUAUUACAAACAAAAAAAAAAAAACGGUUGAAGCUUUUGAUUCAUAUAUGUAUAUACACAUACACACUCACCGGCCACUUUAUUAGGUACACCUUUCUAGUACUGUGUUGGACCCCCUUUUGCCUUCAGAACUGCCUUAAUCCUUUGUGGCAUAGAUUCAACACGGUACUGGAAAUAUUCCUCAGAGAUUUUGGUCUGUAUUGACAUGAUAGCAUCACGCAGUUACUGCAGAUUUGUCGGCUGCACAUGCAUGAUGCGAUACAAAAUCUCCCUUUCCACCACAACUCAAAGGUGCUCUAUUGGAUUGAGGUCUGGUGACUGUGGAGGCCAUUUGAGUACAGUGAACUCAUUGUCAUGUUCAAGAAAGCAGUCUGAGAUGAUUCACGCUUUAUGACAUGGUUUUCUCAUUUAAUAUUCUGUUUCUCUAGCAACUGCAUCACAAUACAAAAAAAUGGUCCCAGCUUCUGGCUCAUAUGGACUUUAAUGUUUCUUUAAUAAAUGUUUUGUUCAUUAAAAAAUGCCAAAGAUUAUAGUUUGUCCAUGUUAGUUAGUAAUAAAUACAAAUGCAAAGUAACUAGAAGUGAAUAUAGUGUAACAUUAUCUAUUAAACUGAAGUAAUAUCAUCAAAUUAAACCUUAAAGUCAAGUUUUGUUUAACCAAAAGACGAUAGAUCUAGAUAAAUCCUCCAUGUCAAACUUUAUUCAUUCAUUUUCCUUCGGCUUAGUUCCUUAUUUAUCAGGGGUCACCACAGCGGAAUGAACCGCCAACUAUUCCGGCAUAUGUAUUACACAGCGGAUGUCCUUCCAGCAGCAACUCAGUGCUGGGAAACACUCACACAUUACAGCCAAUUUAGUUAAUCCAAUUCACCUAUAGCGCAUGUCUUUGGACUGUGGGGGAAACCGAAGCACCUGGAGGAAACCCACACCAACACGGGGAGAAUGUGCAAACUCCACUCAGAAAUGUCAACUGGCCCAGCCGGGACUAGUGACCUUCUUGUUGUGAGGCGACAGUGCUUAACACUGAGCCACCAUCAAACUAUUUGAAUCUGAAAUUUGAUCUAAACAUGACGUGUUCAACAUGACUCAGUGUGUGUUUGUAUUGUGCAAAUCAUGGCUAUAUUUAGCUUCGUUCACCCUGGUGAUGUUGAAGAUAUCAACUUUCCUCUUUCUAAUGACAUCUUUACAUUCAACCGUAAUAUUUCAGCUAUUUUAAAUAAAAAAUAUCCACAUGUAAACGUUGCAAAAUGUGACAAAUACACAAUAACUCAGAAUCUUGUGCUCUAAAAUCAAAGUAAAUCAAGCUAACUGAUGCAAUGUAAGACUAAAAACACCUUAGCGUUUCACAGAAUAGUUUUUUCUCACUUCUUUGGUGUAUGAAAUGUGGGAACCCUGCAAAGCUUUAAUUUUUUUACAGCCAUUCAACUCUUAAGCUCCUAACCUGAACUGUACAGGGAAGUGUCAUCGAAUACGUCAACUCUCAGGUACUUAAAGUUCCUUGUACGUUUGCAUUACUUUGUUUUUUUGUGGUCUUUUUAUGUAAAUGUCCUGUUUUAUCACUUGUAUAUCAUUCAUUUUUCAGGUUCCGGGUCAAUGUUUGCUGUGUAUAUGUGAGUGUGUGGUGUUUCUGGACGCAGCGAUUAAAGAGUGAGUGAAAUGGCGAUGACCUUGGCUUGUGUGAAGUGUUAUGAAGGCGUAGAGCCAGGACUCCGCACGCGGCCUUGAGUUUGAUUUCAGAGCGUCAGGAACUGUGUUUUAUUGGCUGCCGGAGGUUGGGAAAAAGCCAGUUUGUCUACAGGUGGAACACUGACCACAUU